GGUUCCUGUAAAAUGGAGUUUACUUUAGAUUAGCAGAGUGGUUUUUUGGAAGUGUGCGUUUAUGACUGCAAAACCACACACCCAUAUGCAAAGUACUCAUAUUCAACCCCAUCAAUGUGUACCUCCUUAUGUCAAUACAAGAGCCUGAACGCCACCAGUUGUCUCCUCAUUUCCUCCUCCUACUGAAUAUUCAUCUGGGCCUUAAGAGGUGUUCUGGCCGACACCCCAGAGCAGUGACAGCUUUACACCCGAACCAGUGCCUACAGUCUACUCUAGUUGAAGUUCCUACCCAACAUUAAUGGUCCUUCGAGCCGGAUAAGCUGUCUCUGCUCUAUCAAGAUGGAUGAUAUUCAGAACUAUUCGACCCACGGAGCAUGCCCCCGCCGCAAGGUACGUCGGCCCCUCCAUUAUGAAGAUUAUGAGAUUAAUUUACCAAGACUCGAUGGGCGCUAUCCCGAGGCCAGAGAGACAAUACCACCUCUAGUUGGCGCUACUGCUUCCCCUCCCAAUCUUGUGUCUGAACAUUAUGAAGAGCGCUCCCAGGGCUAUGUCACACCUAUGAGGGCUGAGCUGGAGGAGAUGCAGAGGGAGAGGCUCCUGUGUCAGCGAUCCCAGGAGCAGAUGAGAGCGGGGUUGGCUGAUUUUCAGGCCAUACACGCCAGUAUGCUGCAGCUGCUGAACCAGGCUGAGAGUCUGCAGCUCACCCCACCACCAGCAGUCACUCCAGUUCAUCAUGUGCCAGAGCCUGUUAAAGAAGAAGAGGACUGGCCUCUGCCCCCACCCCCAGUUAACUUUAAGGAGGAACCGACCUCCAUACAGAGUCCUGUGAUUUACCGCCUUGAUACAAUGUUGAAUGAGCUCCAGAACCUGAAGAGAGAGACUUUGGCUGCACAGCAGAACCCAGUCAAUCCACCAUUUGCGCCCACUCCAGUGGUCACCACUUCACAGCCUAAGUCAACAACUCCAAUGCCACCUCUGAGAGCACGACCCAUGCCAGAUGCAUCAUUCCCGCCUCCUCCAACCCCUCCCGAUCCAUUAUGGGGCACAUUAUCAAUUCAGAGACCCCCAAACUUAGCAGUAGCUUCAGAGUUUGCCUAUACGGGGCCUCGCCCGAGCAUUCCUAAGCUCACAUGCCGGGAUCCUGGGGAAUUCGCACGCUUGAAGAUGGCCCUUGAGAACCUCUUGCCCCCAGACAGUACAGAGUUAUUCAAGUACCAGGUUUUGUUGGAUCAUCUACACCUAGAGGAGGCAAAGCUGAUAGCUGAUGCUUACCUUCAUUCGCCCACACCCUUCACCGACACCAUGAAUGCCCUUAAUGACAAGCUUGGCCAGCCCCAUCAGCUUGCCCUGAGAAGAAUCGCAGCUGUGAUGGACUCACCUGACAUUCGCAGAGGGGAUGUGGUGGCAUUUGAGCGAUUUGCCCUUCAGAUACAGUCGCUUGUGGGCAUGUUAAAGACGUUAGGCCCUGAUGGUGCGGUUGAACUCCAGUGUGGCUCCCAUGUGGCUCGACUCCUAAGUAAGCUUCCUUCGGAGCAGAGAGCUGAGUUUAGACGGUGUAUGUUUAACCGCUCUGGCCAGACUUACACCCUAGAUGACCUGGCCACGUGGUUGAAGUAUGAGUCCUGGUGUCAAGAUUUCGAUGGCCUGCCCACUACAAGGGGUGCUAGAGAGAAGCCUGAUGCCAGACCCAGCAAGCGCACCACCACUGUGCUCCAUGGUGCAGAAAGUUCACCCAAGCCUCCAAGUUACACCUCUAACAAACCUAAGCAGCAGCCCUAUUGUGCUUACUGUGAUAACCGAGCUCAUCACCUGAGUCAGUGUCCAGACAUUAUCAAGCUUAGCCAAGAGCAACUGACUGAAUGGAUAAAGACUAACAAGAGGUGCUGGCGCUGCGCACGCUCCCACCAGGCAGCUCAGUGCACUCUCAAGAAACCUUGUAACCUGUGUCAGGGUCGCCACCUACAGGUCCUUCACCAGGUCAACUCUAAGCCCCCAAAAGCACCUGACCCAGCUACGGUCCCUGCGCAGGAAGGUGAGAAUCCUACUGGUGUCCUGUAUCUCGACAGACCCACAGAGAGUGGCCGAGUUCUGCUGAAAGUCGUUCCGGUCAUCCUCCACCAUAAUGGUAAGACCCUGAACACCCACGCAGUACUAGAUGAUGGGUCAGAAAGGACCAUGCUGCUGCCCAUGGCUGCCCAAAGGCUCGACCUCCAAGGCGUCCCAGAGACACUUCCUUUACGCACCAUCAGACAGGAUGUGCAGACGUUGCACGGCGCUUCUGUUACAUUUGACAUCUCCCCUGGUGGUAAACCCAAGUUGAAGUAUAAGGUCAACAACGCCUUCACAGCCACUCGUAUCGACCUAGCUGAGCACAGUUACCCAGUGGAAUCACUUCAGAGGAAGUAUAAACACCUUAGAGGUCUGCCAAUACGCUCCUUCAAGAAGGUCAAACCCCUGCUUCUCAUCGGCAGUGACCACCCCUAGCUCAUCACUCCAACGGAAGCUGUUCGCCUGGGUCCACCAGGUGGUCCUGCAGCAAUGCACACCAAGUUAGGUUGGACAUUACAGGGUCCCUCUAGCCUCAUCUGC